GCGGUCGCAUGAAGCUCCUAUGAGGCCCCUGUCGCCGGUCGGCGAUGUCCGUUUGGAGCUGUCGCCGCUGCUGCCGCUGCCGGCUGUGAGCGGGUCUCCGGUCGGGUCGUCCGGGCGUCUCAUGGCCGCUAGCAGCUCCCUGGUGCCCGACCGGCUGCGUCUGCCGCUCUGCUUCCUCGGCGUCUUUGUCUGCUAUUUCUACUAUGGCAUCCUACAGGAAAAGAUAACAAGAGGAAAGUAUGGAGAAGGAGCCAAACAGGAGACGUUCACUUUUGCCUUAACUUUGGUCUUCAUCCAAUGUGUGAUCAAUGCUGUGUUUGCCAAGAUCUGGUGGAUCGUACUCGGAGCUGGCUCUAUGCUGCCUGUUCUAUUUCCUAUCUGGGUGCCAUGGUCUCCAGCAACUCAGCACUACAGUUUGUCAACUACCCAACUCAGGUCCUUGGUAAAUCCUGCAAGCCAAUCCCAGUCAUGCUCCUUGGAGUGACCCUCUUGAAGAAGAAGUAUCCAAUGGCCAAGUACCUGUGUGUGUUGCUAAUUGUGGCUGGAGUGGCCCUUUUCAUGUACAAACCCAAGAAAGUAGUUGGGAUGGAAGAACACACAGUUGGCUAUGGAGAGCUGCUCCUGUUAUUGUCUCUGACCCUGGAUGGACUGACGGGCGUUUCCCAGGACCACAUGCGGGCUCAUUACCAAACAGGUUCCAACCACAUGAUGUUGAACAUUAACCUUUGGUCGACCUUGCUGCUGGGAGCUGGAAUCCUGUUCACCGGGGAGCUCUGGGAGUUCUUGAGCUUUGCUGAAAGGUACCCUGCCAUCAUCUAUAAUAUCCUGCUCUUUGGCCUGACCAGUGCCCUGGGUCAGACCUUCAUCUUCAUGACAGUUGUGUAUUUCGGUCCCCUGACCUGCUCUAUCAUCACCACAACUCGCAAGUUCUUCACCAUUUUGGCCUCUGUGAUCCUCUUCGCCAACCCCAUCAGCUCCAUGCAGUGGGUGGGCACUGUGCUUGUGUUCUUGGGUCUCGGUCUUGAUGCCAAGUUUGGGAAAGGAGCCAAGAAGACAUCCCACUAGGAAGAAAGGAACUACCUCUACUCCAAGAAUAUUUAAAUUAUUAUCUCGUAUAGCGGCAUCUCUUGGGAAACAUGAAUUCAGUAGGGGUGAAGGACUGGGUUCCAGUCUGUUCCUUUUUUGUUUUUUUAAAAGGAAGUAAAAUCACAUAUUCUAAAAAAAAGUACUUGGAUUUUUAACAAGACAGAGUUGGCAGUUUCUGUUCUUGAUGACCUGGAGCACAGCCUGACACAGAUACAGAGAGAAGGAGAGGGAAGUGACAGAGCUUGAUACUCAUUGCCCAAGCUGCUUCCUCUCGGGUGUGGUUAACCUGUGGCGGGGUGGCUCAUUGCUUCAAGAGCCUAAGCAUUAUAGGGAGGAACUUUAAUAGAUUGAAUAGUUGUGUUUGCGGCCGCUGUUGCCACAGGUGAGGAUCUAAAUAUGCCAGGAUAGGUGGCGGUGUUAGAGCCAUAGAAUGUAAAAAUCACUCUCGUAAAGCCCUGGUGGGCAAAUAUUUCUAAAAAAACUACAGAUAUAUUCUGUCAAGAAACUUCUCUUGAGGUUGGGGUAAAAUGACCCCAGAGCCUGUGUUUUCACAUUUCCUCAUUGCCUCUCCUUCAGCCAAAGCUCAAGCAAAAGCGGAGACCCGAUCGAUGUGUAUGUCAGGAACAGCUUUGGAAGGCCUGACUCCCUCUCCAUCUCUGUGUCUAUUCUCAAUCCACCUGGUCCCCUCCUGGGGAGGCUGGAUUAAUCCUUCCUAUUCCCCUUCCCCUUUUACCUGCUAAAGCAUUGCGGUCCUCUGCCAUCCUGGCUGUGCCAAGGUGUCACCGUGGCAGCUUCUGCCUGUUGAAAGGGAUGCUGGCAGAAGACAUGGUGGCUGAGUCUGGCUCAAAGCUGCUGUCAAGUUUUCUGGGUGGCAAUGGGGGGGACAAGGCGGAGCAUGGAGCAGAGCCACCUGCCCACUGCUGCCUUCAGAGUUGGAAAUCGCAAUCCUCCAGGGAGCACACUUGACACAUGAAAGUGUAUUUCCACCAGCUGCAACUUUCACUCCAUCUGUUCAGCAGCCCCAGCCCCUCAGCGCUCCAGAUGGGUGCCCAGCCUCCUUCCUGAGCCUCUGCCUUGCCACCCCCCGCCCAGCCUUUCAAGCUCUGCUU